GCAGAUGGCGGCGGCGGCGGCGAUGACGGCGGCGGGCGGCGGGGCUGGUGCGGCCCGCUCCCUCUCCCGCUUCCGAGGCUGCCUGGCGGGCGCGCUGCUGGGAGACUGCGUGGGCGCUGUCUACGAGGCACAUGAUACCGUCAGCCUGACGUCAGUCCUGCAUCACGUCCAGAGCCUGGAGCCGGACCCGGGCACGCCGGGCAGCGCGCGGACAGAAACAUUGUGCUACACAGAUGACACUGCCAUGGCCAGGGCCCUGGUGCAGUCCCUCCUGGCCAAGGAGGCCUUCGACGAGGUGGACAUGGCUCACAGGUUUGCUCAAGAAUACAAGAAGGACCCUGACAGAGGGUAUGGGGCUGGGGUCAUCACUGUCUUCAAGAAGCUCCUGAGCCCCAAGUGCCGUGACGUCUAUGAGCCUGCCCGGGCCCAGUUCAAUGGAAAGGGCUCCUAUGGCAAUGGGGGUGCCAUGCGGGUGGCGGGCAUCCCGCUGGCCUAUAGCAGUGUCCAAGAUGUACAGAAGUUUGCCCGGCUCUCAGCCCAGCUGACCCAUGCCUCCUCCCUGGGUUACAACGGAGCCAUCCUGCAGGCCCUGGCUGUGCACCUAGCUCUGCAGGGUGUGUCGUCCAGUGAGCACUUCCUAGAGCAGCUUCUGGGCCACAUGGAGGAGCUGGAGGGUGAUGCCCAGUCGGUCCUGGAUGCUAAGGAGUUGGGUAUGGAGGAGCGCCCAUAUUCCAGCAGGCUGAGGAAGGUUGGAGAGCUGCUGGAUCAAGACGUGGUGAGCCGAGAGGAGGUAGUGUCUGAGCUAGGGAAUGGCAUUGCCGCCUUUGAAUCUGUGCCCACUGCCAUCUAUUGCUUCCUGCGCUGCAUGGAGCCCGACCCUGAGAUCCCCCCCGCCUUCAACAGCCUCCAGAGGACCCUCAUCUAUUCCAUCUCCCUUGGUGGGGAUACAGACACCAUAGCCACCAUGGCCGGGGCCAUUGCUGGAGCUUACUAUGGGAUGGAGCAGGUGCCAGAGAGCUGGCAGCAAAGCUGUGAGGGCUAUGAGGAGACAGACGUCCUGGCCCAGAGCCUGCAUCGAGUCUUCCAAGAGAGCCUGUGAGGACCACAGCUUCAGCGACCCUAUCAGGCCCAUCCAGGCCUAGGACAACUCAGAUCGGAAUCCACAGUUCCCUUAGGCUGUCUCCCCUGCCCCAGCAUUCCUAGAGGUCAGGAUGAGGGUACCCUUGGGAUUAGAGGGUACAGCCUGUGAAACUGUGAGGAAUUGGUGCCUUCUUGGGGCUACAGCUCUGUCUAGCUGCAGAGCUGUAUGACACCUCAGGCCCUUGAAAAUAUGAGGGGCCAGGGCAGGUUUUAUUUUGGAGGGUUAUUUGUCCAUUUUUUCCCAUCUAGGACAUGGGCCUCGGGAAGGUGGAAUGACCUGUGGGAGAAUCCUUUCUUCCAGUUGGGUUUUAAUCAGUGUGACAGGCAGCCUGUCACUGACUGGGCAGAGCCUCAGUGGCUUGUGUAGCUCUUGAGACUGGCAUUCAGCCCAUCCAGUGGCAGCCUGACCUGGCUCCUCACUGGAAUGGGCUCUUCAGCAGCAAUAAACAGUUUUUUGUAAAUCC